CUUGCAAUCAUUGCAUUUUUCUAUUGCCGUAUUCUUCGAUACCAUUACAGUACAGACCAUAAUGCCUGCAAUGGCAAAUGGGAAACAACGGGGGAAUUUGCGUACUGUGCCACGAACUGUUGUCAGGAAUUUGCAGAACGCCUCAGGAGCGCAGGAUCUCGUCGAUCAUCCCCCGGGCCUGGCGGAUGUACCCGCCACCGAAGAGGACGUCGUGGUUCAGGAUGUGGUAGAGGUUGUAGACGGUCCUCCGCUUCUCGUGGCCCUCCGAGAGGGGCCAGACCGACUCGUACCCGUCGUAAAAGUCGCCGGUGAAGCCACCAAAGACGUAGGUCAUGGCCACGUCGACCUCCCGGUCCCCGUAGUAGCACGCCGGAUCGAAGAUGGUGGGCGCGAUCCCGCCGGGGGCCUCCGGGUCUUUGCAGAACCCCUUGUUGCCCCCCCACAGGUCGCCGUGGACGAUGCUGGCCACAACGGGGUCUCCCCCCCGGGCCUCCGGGGAGAGGAGCUCCCUGGUUUUCGACCGGAGGGCCUCUAUCUUGUCGGAGGGGAGGCCCCCCGCGUUCCCGGUCAGCCUUAGCAUGUGGCCCAGCCGGUGCUCGUCCCAAAAGUCGGCCCAGUUCUCGCGCCAGGGCAGGUUCGGCUGGAAGGUCGCACCGAUGGUGUUGUCCACGGGGAAUCCAAAGGGGGCCUCCCCGUUCGGGGACACCCCUGCCUUGUGCAUCUUCGCCAGCGCCACCCCGAGCUCGUACUGUCCCCCCGGUCCGCUCCCGCAAAACUCCAGGUACUCAAAGAGGGCAAAGGCCUGGUCGUUGGCCUCGUGCCUCCCAAAGGCGAUCGGUUUGGGAACGCGGAUGGUGGAGGUCUCCGACAUGGCCUUGACGCCCUCGUACUCCGCCCGGAGCAUGUCGUAUCCGUUUCGGGCCGACUUGAGAAAGUACCGGGUGUCGGUCUCCGCGUCGAGGAGGGCACCGGUGCUGGCGCCACCCCCUCCCGAGGCCCCUCCCCCGGUGGUCGGCGUCAGCUUCACCUCCCUCCCGAGGGUCUCCGACGCGGCGGUCGACACCGUGUCGAGAAAGGUCGCCGCCGCGCGCAUGGCCGUGGAAGGGCAGCCGCUCGUGCUUCUGCUAAUGUUGCUAAUGCUUCUGCUUCUGCUAAUGCUUCUGCCCGCCGCAAAAGACCGGGCCGGGUGGGCGAAGAAUCCCCCUCCAGAGAAUGCGGAUGCAAGGGCAGCGAUGGAGGCACCAACAAGGAGCGUUCUGCCGGAUCGUCUCGAACUGAAGCCCCGGGGUCGGACGAGGAUCAUGGUGUGUGUUCGCUUUGGUUUGGUUUUGCUCGCCGAGGCUUCUCUCGAACGAUCGAUGUACAGUAUCUUGCGUUGUCACCCAAAUGUGCCGUUGCGGUGCGAAGAGGUUCUCGUCGUCGUUACGGUGCCGGACGUUACGUACGACCAGUACGACCGGCAUCGUAGGAACCGGGCCAAAAGUGUUUUUUGUUGUCUGGAACAGAACCCAUGGAUCUUUUCUUUCAAAAUGAAACGUACGCGAUAGGCGAUGUGUUCAUACAGUACUUGAUAGGUACAUAUGAACGUACCCUAAGUACGUACGGCAAUGAAACUGAAGGGGCUUGGCUACUGGCUACCGUAGGGAAACGUGAAUCACAAAAAUUAUGUUUUGAUCUCAACAAAUUACGAUAUCCCCC